AACUUUGGAUUGAUUGCUAUCGGUAUGACAAAUUACGCAGAAUUAAUACAAAUAACUAUAUUGAAGCAUACUAUAAAAAAAUAAAGUAUCUUUAUCUCACAACACGUCUCAAUAGAUGCAUUGAUUUCCUCAUUCAUGAGUUAACAGUUAAUAUAUUGCAUAAUUAUUGUCAAGAGACCAUUCAAUACGAGUUGGGCAUUGGAUGGAUGAGGGAGUCUAUAUUUAUUGUUAAAUCAGCUCACGAUGAAGGCGAUUAUAUACAUAUAUUUGCAGUUUCACAUAAAUACAAAAUUAAUAUACCAGAUUAUGCUACUUACUUACUUUUUGAUAAAUAUGUUAAUAAUGUUUUUGAGGUUGAGGUUGCUGAGAUUGCUGAAGUUGCUGAUGUUGGUGCAGGUGUCAUUGCUGGUAAGGUUGCUGAUGUUGUUGUUGCAGGUGUCAUUGCUAAUGAUAGUGGUGCUAAAAGUGUAAGUUGUGUUGUUAGUAAAGUUGCUGAUAAUACUACUAAUAAUCAAGAAAAAGAAAGUAAGAUAAAUAAUUGUCUUGAUCAAUGGUUAGAGUGUCUAAAGAUGCUUCAUCAGGAAGUUAAUCUUAAUAAGGUUACAUUAAGUGAAAAGGAAAAUGUAAUUAAAGAACUUGAGAAAAUUUGUAAUAUUUUCUUAUGUGUUUAG